ACAAAGUAUGAAGAUUGUCAACAACAACAACAAAAAAAAGAUGCACCCUUCUCAAAAUUUCUGUCUAUCCUCUUUUCAAAUCUCCAUCCUCCAACCAUUCAACAACAUGCUGCAUUCUUUUUCUCAACCCCCUAACCCUCUCCUUCAUCUCUCUCCCAUUAAUUCAAAGCACCUUCAAUGGGAAGAACCAAAGUUUCCACCCUUUUCUCUGCUAGUGCGAAUAACCACUACAAGCUUCCUCUUUCAAACUCCAUAAGCCAAACUCUUGUAAACAAACCACAUCGCCAGAAAGAUCGAUUCCCCUAUUCAGUCUUAGGAUUUCUGCGGCGCCUCAUCUAUGAAAGGAAACCUGAUGGGGGCUCACGAACUGAAGAGGAAGAGAAAGUCUACUCUUGGCUAUAUACCUUGGCCCAGUCUGACAAAAACUUGGUCUUUGAGUAUGUUAGGUCCACAGAAAGAGGCUUAACAUUCACUGAAGCUGAGAGCAGGCUGCAAGAAAAUGGUCCAAACGUUCCAUUUGAUUAUUCUUUUCCAAGCUGGUGGCAUUUUCUAUGGAAAGCUCUUUUCCACGCUUUCAACAUGAUUCUCAUUGUUUUAUCUGCUCUGUCAUUCAUCACCUGUGACUAUCCAAAUGGAUCCAUCAUGCUCAUAUUGGUUUUCAUCAGUGUCUCCCUCCGUUUCUAUCAGGAAUAUAGCAGCUCGAAAGCAGCUAAGAGGCUUUCAGAAUUUUUGAGAUGCCCGGUGCGAGUUCAAAGAUGUGCCGGUAGAGUUGUGCAGACAGAAUUGAAGGUUCAAGUUGAUCACAGGGAUGUAGUUCCUGGUGACAUUGUGAUUUUUGAACCUGGGGACCUCUUUCCAGGGGAUAUCAGAUUGUUAUCUUCAACACAUCUUGUUGUAAGCCAGGCCUCAUUAACUGGGGAGUCUUGGACAACGGAAAAAACUGCUGAUGUUAGAGAAGAUCACAGCACACCUUUACUAGAUUUAAAGAACAUCUGCUUUAUGGGUACAAACGUGGUAUCAGGUACUGGAACAGGCUUAGUUAUUUCAACUGGAUCCAAUACUUACUUGAGCACCAUGUUUUCCAAGGUUGGGAAGAAGAAGCCACAAGAUGACUUUGAAAAGGGUCUCAAAUGGAUAUUUUACAUGCUUAUUUCUGUUAUGCUAGUGGUUGUUACAGUCAUGUUUGUGACAGAAUACACAUCAUCUCUUGAUUUGAGCAAAAGUAUUCUCUUUGCGAUCACAGUAGCAUCUGCACUCAAUCCUCAGAUGCUACCCCUCAUCAUCAACACAUGCCUUGCAAAAGGAGCCCUUGCUAUGGCUAAAGACAGAUGUAUAGUAAAAAGCUUAACAGCUAUACGCGAGAUGGGAUCAAUGGAUAUCCUUUGUAUUGACAAGACAGGCACCCUCACAAUGAAUCAUGCAAUCAUGGUUAAUCAUCUUGACUGUAGAGGUUUACCCCAAGAAAAAGUUCUGCGCUUUGCUUUCCUUAGUUCUUACUUCAAGACUGAUCAUAAUUUUCCUUUGGAUGAUGCAAUCAUGGCACAUGUAUAUUCAAAUGGAUUCAGAUUUCAACCAUCCAAGUGGAGGAAGGUAGAUGAGAUUCCUUUUGACUUCAUAAGAAGAAGAGUAUCUGUCAUCUUAGAAACAGAAGACAUGCACUCCCAGUUCUUUGGCAGGUACAUGGUAACAAAAGGAGCAUUGGAGGAAGUCAUGAGAGUUUGUUCUUUUAUUGAGAAUUUUGAUAAAGAUGGAAUUUCCACCUUCUCUUUAGAUGACUACCAGAGGAUUUUGAAUCUGUCUGAAGAAUUGAGCAAUGAAGGGUUAAGGGUUAUAGCAGUAGCUAUAAGGAAGCUGGAAAUGCAGCAAACAUGUGAAACAAGUAAUGGAAUCAGGAGAGGUUGUGAGGAUUUUGAAAGAGACAUGAUGUUUCUUGGCCUGGUAACAUUUUUUGACCCACCAAAGGACUCAGCAAAGCAAGCACUGUUUCAGUUGGCCAAGAUGGGAGUUCAAGCAAAGGUUCUAACCGGUGACUCUCUCAGUUUGGCAACAAGGGUAUGCAGAGAAGUUGGAAUCAAAACCACACAUGUAAUCACAGGGCCAGAGCUAGAGCAACUAGACCAAGACACUUUCCAUGAAACUGUCCAAACAGCCACAGUGCUAGCUCGCCUCACCCCGACUCAGAAACUAAGAGUGGUUCAAUCCUUGCAGACAAAUGGAAACCACAUUGUUGGGUUCUUAGGAGAUGGAGUGAAUGAUUCACUUGCUCUUGAUGCUGCCCAUGUAAGCAUUUCAGUGGACUCAGGUGUUGCAAUUGCCAAAGACAUGGCAGAUAUAAUCUUACUAGAGAAAGAUCUCAAUGUGCUAGUUGCAGGAGUGGAGCAUGGAAGACUCACAUUUGGGAACACAAUGAAGUAUGUGAAGAUGUCAGUGAUUGCCAACUUGGGAAGUGUGAUUUCACUCCUCAUAGCAUCACUUUUACUCAGGAAUGAGCCUUUAACAGCUAGGCAGCUUCUCACUCAGAAUUUCAUAUACAGUGUGGGACAAAUUGCUAUCCCUUGGGACAAGAUGGAUGAAGAGUAUGUGAAGACUCCUCACAAAUUUUCAGGGAAAGGGUUACCAAUGUUCAUAUUGUGGAAUGCACCUGUGUGCACUCUCUGUGAUGUUGCAACACUCUUGUUUCUCUGGUUCUAUUACAAGUCUUAUGAUGACUUGGAAGAUAAAUUCUUCCAUUCAGCUUGGUUUAUUGAGGGUCUUCUCAUGCAGACACUCAUCAUCCAUUUGAUUAGGACAGAGAAAGUCCCUUUCAUACAGGAUGUUGCUUCUUGGCCAGUGAUUUGUUCCACUCUUGUGGUUUCUGCUAUUGGAAUUGCAUUUCCAUUCACACCCAUUGGGAAGGUCAUGGGAUUCAUUGUUUUACCUGUCUCAUUUUUUGGGUUUUUGGUUGUUCUUUUUCUGGGAUAUUUCACUAUUGGCCAGGUUGUUAAGAGACUUUACAUAAUGGUUUAUAAGAGAUGGCUAUGAAGAUCAAACUUUCAUCCCAUUUUUGUCUGAAAGACAGUGUUAAAUUGCGAUUCCGAUGCAGUUGUGUUAUGGGAUUGCAGAUAAACGCAGGUCAAUGUAGCUGCAAAUGAGGUCGUGAUGCCAUGGAAACUUCAAGAUCAUUUACAUUGCGGCGGUUGCGGACAGCAAUUUAAACAUUCUGUUAUGAACUCAAUUUUUUGUAGAAUUUUUGUUGGGAAGAUGAGUAUACAUAAUAAGAGGCAUUGGAUCACACAUCCAGCAUUUGUUGCACUUGUACCAAACAAUUACUAGAGCAACAUGAAUUAGAUGACAAAGUGCAUGUUUUGAAAUUCGUUGAUUUUGAAGCCAAAAUUGAUUGUGAGGAGAAAUUUA